AUGGCAGAGCCCCCCCAAGUGAAGCCUCGUCUUGUCAUUCAUGGAGGGGCGGGUAACAUUCAUCCCAACACAUAUCCCCCGGAGAAAUUCCAAGCUUAUCGCAAAGCCCUCGUUGACAUUGUUACAAGAACUGACCAGUACAUGAAAAGACAAGAUGGAUCCUUUGCAGAGAAGUCACUCAGGAAGUUCCCUUCAGCCUUAGAAUCUGCAACCUACGCCGUUCGUCUUCUUGAGGAUAGCCCGUUGUUUAAUAGCGGCCAUGGCUCUGUCUUCACGCGCGACGGUAUCAACGAGCUGGAAGCUUCGGUGAUGGUAUCUCGUGGCCAUAAGAAGCAAGGCGUAGGCGUCAUGGGCCUUCGCCAUGUAAAGAAUCCCAUCCUUCUAGCCCGCGCGAUGGUUGAACAUGGCGAAGACGAUCUCGAACCACGAUCUCAAAAUGUCAGCUCUGGCAGAUUGGAUGUCCCAUCUGCACAAGGCCAUGUACAACUUCAUGGUGAGGCAGCAGAACAGCUGGCGGAACAAUAUGGGUUAGAUUUGGUUGACCAGAGUUACUUUUACACUCAGCACCGCUGGGAUGAGCAUAUCCGAGGACUGGAGAGAGAGGAGACAGGUCAGGGGCAAGCAACUUGGAGUGUGAAUGAGUAUGUCUCUCAGGGUACUUGCGGAGCGGUGGCCCUUGGCCGGGAUGGCGUCAUCUGCGCCGCGACCAGUACCGGAGGGCUUACAAACAAGCUCACCGGACGUAUUGGUGAUACGCCCACGAUUGGGGCGGGUUUCUGGGCUGAGGAAUGGACUGAAGAUGGUGAUCCGACAGGACCAUCGAUGUGGGACCGCUUGAAAGAUACUGCGAGCCAGUCAGGGCCUUGCCUGGUACUCAGCAAUGCCCUUAGAGGGGCGUUGGCAGAUUUCCUGCCUACUCCCGCUAUGUACACUCCUCUCAGUGCAGGUACAUACACAAUUAGAUCAUUUGGGGGAUCUGGUACCGGUAACGGCGAUUCGUUCUUGAGAACCAAUGCCCUGCGAACAGUUGCAGCUAUAGCAAGAUGGAGGCCAGAGUCGGGAGCAAAAGCCGUGUCCCGUAUUGCAGGCCGAGGUGGAGAGCUGCAGAGGAGCGCACGGAAUAGAUGGCAGCGGACGGGAGAGGGCCAGGGAGGCAUCAUCGGUAUUGAGAGCGUUGUGGUCCGUGAUGCCAGUGGUCACGUAGUCGAGACUCGAUCUGAGAUUCUGAUGGACUUUAACUGUGCCGGUAUGUUUCGGGCCUGGAUUGAUACCAAGGGAAACCCUCAGGUGAGUAUAUUUAGCGAUGAGCGAUAG